UGCAGACAGUUUCACAUUAAAAAUCAUGUGAUGCAAAAGGAAAGUGUUCCUGCGUGAGGCUGCACAUAUGUGCUGCAGACCUGACCCUGAAAGCCCCCCCCCAAAACCCGAGUCCGGGUCCAACUGAGGAGGACAGCCCGCUGAAGAGCCGGAGAGAGGGUGGACCAGGAGAGGAGGAGGUGGGGGAGGAGAGGAGAGCUGCAUGAGGAGGAGGAGGAGGAGGACAGCCAUUACUGGAUCCUCUCACAGCCUCGUCCACCAGCGGAGGAACCCGGCUUCGGUUUUUCCUCAGAGGACCGGGAGCAGAAGCCCGAUCCGAGGAGCAGAAAGCCUCCAGUCCCUCCGGAGGAGAGGGAGCGGCGGCGGCAGCGUGGCCGGCCUGCCUCGCGCUGCGCUCGGACUGAGGAUCCGCUGCUGCCCGCUGAAGGAGGUGACAUGGAGUCGUCGGAYGACGACACCCUGAGCGAGCGCUCCUGCGUCAGCGAGCCGUCUUUUCGCAGCGAGCGCUCCGGCGGCUCGUUGUCUCCGUGCACRUCGGGACUCGUGGGACCGCCGGGGGACACGCUGCCCUGGAACCUGUCCAAACACGAGAGGAGGAAGAGGAAGAGCCAGGACUCGGUGCUGGACCCGGCGGAGCGGGCCGUGGUCCGUGUGGCAGAUGAGCGGGACCGAGUCCAGAAGAAAACCUUCACCAAGUGGGUCAACAAGCACCU